AUGUACGCCUUGACCAAGAUCAGAGGUGUUGGUCGUCGUUACGCUAACUUGGUUUGCAAGAAGGCGGACGUCGAUUUGAUGAAGCGUGCAGGUGAAUUGACCCAAGAAGAGUUAGAGAGAAUUGUUACCAUUAUGCAAAACCCAACCAAUUAUAAGAUUCCAGCUUGGUUCUUAAACAGACAGAAGGACCAAGUUGACGGUAAGGACUACCAUGUCUUAGCCAAUAACUUGGAAUCCAAGUUAAGAGAUGAUUUAGAAAGAUUAAAGAAGAUCAGAUCUCACCGUGGUAUCAGACACUUCUGGGGAUUAAAGGUCAGAGGUCAACACACCAAGACAACCUCUCGUGGUCGUUAA